UUUUUAGACCAUGGCAACAUAUCUGGAGUUCAUUCAGCAGAAUGAAGAACAAGAUGGUGUACGUUUCAGUUGGAAUGUGUGGCCUUCUAGCCGCCUUGAAGCCACAAGAAUGGUUGUUCCCCUGGCUUGUCUCCUCACUCCAUUAAAAGAACGCCCAGACCUGCCUCCUGUACAGUAUGAACCUGUGCUUUGCAGCAGGCCAACCUGCAAAGCUAUUCUCAAUCCACUUUGCCAAGUUGAUUAUCGAGCAAAACUUUGGGCUUGUAAUUUUUGUUUCCAAAGAAAUCAGUUCCCUCCAGCAUAUGCAGGCAUAUCUGAGGUGAAUCAGCCUGCUGAAUUGAUGCCCCAGUUUUCAACAAUUGAAUACGGUACUUUUCCAAACACUGGGGCCAGGAUCAUGGUGUUCACUGGAGGCCCCCCAACCCAAGGACCUGGCAUGGUGGUUGGAGACGAAUUGAAGACUCCUAUUCGUUCCUGGCAUGAUAUUGAGAAAGAUAAUGCACGGUUCAUGAAAAAGGCAACCAAACACUAUGAGAUGCUUGCCAGUAGAACUGCUGCAAAUGGUCACUGUAUUGAUAUUUAUGCUUGUGCCCUUGAUCAAACUGGACUUUUGGAGAUGAAAUGUUGUCCAAAUCUUACUGGAGGCCACAUGGUGAUGGGAGAUUCUUUCAACACCUCUCUCUUUAAGCAGACAUUCCAAAGAAUUUUUAGUAAAGAUUUUAAUGGAGAUUUCAGAAUGGCUUUUGGUGCUACUUUGGAAGUAAAGGAGCUUGGUGUCGGUGGCACGAGUCAGUGGAAAAUCUGUGGCCUGGAUCCCACAUCUACACUUGGUAUCUACUUUGAAGUUGUCAAUCAGCAUAAUGCCCCGAUUCCCCAGGGAGGCAGAGGCGCCAUCCAGUUUGUCACACAGUAUCAGCAUUCCAGCACUCAGAAACGCAUCCGAGUGACCACCAUUGCCCGCAAUUGGGCAGAUGCACAGAGUCAGCUGAGGCACAUAGAAGCAGCAUUUGACCAGGAGGCUGCAGCAGUCUUGAUGGCACGGCUGGGAGUGUUCCGGGCAGAGUCAGAGGAGGGGCCUGACGUACUCCGGUGGCUGGAUCGACAACUCAUCCGACUGUGUCAGAAGUUUGGACAGUAUAACAAAGAAGACCCCACUUCUUUUAGGUUAUCAGAUUCCUUUUCUCUGUAUCCUCAGUUCAUGUUCCAUCUGAGGAGAUCACCAUUUCUUCAGGUGUUUAACAAUAGUCCCGAUGAGUCGUCCUAUUACAGACACCACUUUGCCCGUCAGGAUCUGACUCAGUCCCUCAUCAUGAUCCAGCCCAUUCUCUACUCGUACUCCUUCCAUGGACCACCGGAGCCCGUGCUCCUGGAUAGCAGUAGCAUUCUAGCUGACAGAAUUUUGCUGAUGGAUACUUUCUUCCAAAUUGUCAUUUAUCUUGGUGAGACCAUAGCCCAGUGGCGUAAAGCUGGAUACCAGGACAUGCCUGAGUAUGAAAACUUCAAGCACCUUCUACAGGCCCCAUUAGAUGAUGCUCAAGAAAUUCUGCAAGCAUGAUUCCCGAUGCCACGUUAUAUCAACACAGAGCAUGGUGGUAGUCAGGCUCGAUUCCUGUUGUCCAAAGUCAACCCAUCUCAGACACACAAUAACCUGUAUGCUUGGGGACAGGAAACUGGAGCACCCAUCCUAACUGAUGACGUUAGCCUGCAGGUGUUCAUGGAUCACUUGAAGAAGCUGGCUGUGUCCAGUGCCUCUUAAAGUCACAGUGGCCAGGAAAUUGAAGAUGAGGCUAUCAGAUUAUGCUCACAUUUUUGUUAAUGACUUUAUAACAUUCCUUUCACGUUUCUUGCAGAUCUUAAUAAAUAAUCUAAGAGUUUUUUUGUAUGUACGUCUUUAAACUAUAAUUUAUUUAUAUUCUUUAUCUCUGCCCUUUUUCUUGGACAUCAAAUUAUAAGGUCAUAAAUGUUCUGGUAAUUGUAAAUGUUUACUUAUUUUGUAUCCUAACAUUUUAGAGUAAAUAUAAAAUAAGAGUUUAUGUAUUUUGGCUGCUUUAUUUAAGUGAAAAUCUUAAUGAUCAUAAAGGAAAUAAAUCUGAAUGAGGACAGCAUUGUCUAAAA